UUCCAUUACCAAUGUUUGUAAAUUGUUCAAAAUACCUUUAUCUCAAAAUAGACGAUGUAGAUCAUUAGCUAGAGGACUGCCACGGGACUAAAACGAGCUCUAGUUUGUAAAAAUCGGAUAAGGACUAUGAAUUUUAUGCCACUUUAUGUUUUAAACAAAAUACCAAGAUUUUCUGCCCAUACAUCACUGAAAUCAUUGUGAAACUUGUUACCGAAACCUUCUUUGGUAGGAAAAUUCCACGAUGUUAGUGUUCUUAGAUGUUAUGUUUAAAGCAGGCCAUUUGUGGGUUUUCAAUGGCAGCGUUGGCCAGAGCCAUCUGAGUGUCUCAUUUUGAUGAUUAAAAUGAGAGCAAGCAAAUCGUCAAAAUUAACAAAAAUUAUUAUAAUUGUGAAUCAUCAUCAUAUACUUUUUUUUACCAUCACUGACUCUUAUGAUGGCAGAACGGUGGCUGUAGAGUGUUGGCUUCACAGUUCUAAGGACCAGGGUUUGAAUCCCGGCCUUAUCUGUGUGGAGUUUGCACGUUCUCUCCGUGCCUGCGUGGGUUUUUUUCCGGGCACUCCGGUUUCCUCUCGCAUCCCAAAAACAUGCAUUCAUUAUAGGCUCUAAAUGGCCCCGAGUUGUGAUUCACUCCUGCGAGCCUUGUGACUGACGGAGAACUGGACUACAACUCCCAGGGGGAAGGACUACAUCUGCAGGGGGACUUCUCCAUCGCUGGACUCUUUCCUCUCCAUAACGCCAAUGGGCCAAGUGCUGGUUUGCCUGCUCUGGGUCCAUGCAAUGAAGGUCGACACAACAAGCAUGGCUUCCACAUGAUGCAAGCCAUGCGAUUUGCUAUAGAUGAAAUCAACAACAAGUCUGGUGCACACCUUCUCCUGCCCGGUGUGUCUCUGGGAUACCAGCUGUACGACAUUUGCUCGGUUCCGGCCAGUGUGUUGGCCACACUGGACAUACUGGCCGAUCAUUACCAUGACCAGGCUCCAAACACAGAACAACCCGUUAACAACAUGACUGUGGCUGUGAUCGGGCCCGACAGCAGCAGCAAAACCUUUACUCCUGCCGGUCUACUCGGGGCCUACCUCAUUCCACAGAUCUCUUAUGAAGCAUCAAACCAAAAGCUGAGCAACAAGGUCCACUACCCAUCCUUUUUCCGCACAAUUCCCAGUGACAAAAAUCAGGUGGAGGCCAUAAUCCAGCUGCUGAUCUAUUUCAAAUGGACCUGGAUCGCUCUGUUGGGCAGCGACAACGACUACGGCUUGGAUGGCAUGGAGAGCCUGUCCCAGCAGGCCCCGGAUCACAACAUCUGCGUGGCUUACCGGGGAGUCAUCCCGGCCUACGGCAGCGAGACAGCCGGCAUGAUGAGGAGCAUGGUCGAGGGCAUCAUGAGAGCCAGGGUCAAUACCAUUGUGCUCUUUUCCAGUAAGUCCAAACUCAGUGGCUUCUUCCCGUUUGUUGUCCAGGGCAAACUCACAGGAAAGGUGUGGAUUGGCACAGAAGACUGGUCAACGGCCACGCUCAUAUCCGGGAUCCCCGGGAUCCACACAGUAGGCACUGUAAUUGGUGUGUCCAUCAAGAACGCAGCCAUAAGUGGCUUUGUGGAUUUUGAGAGGAACAUCGUGGAGGCUUCGCUCCGUCACGGCAAAGCUCAGGCGGUUUCGAGCGCCAACAGCCGCGUGUGUCUGCACAGCACCGACGUGUUCAGCCUAGCCAGGCAUAACUUCACGUUGGAGAAGUAUGACGUUACCUCCUCCUUCAACGUAUACAAGGCAGUGUAUGCCGUGGCUUAUGCUCUGCACCAGGCUCUUCAAUGUGAUUCCAGACGUUGCCAAAAAAGGAGACUGCACCCUUGGCAGCUCUUGCCCAUGCUCAAGGACACGAGAUUUUCUCUGGAAAACACCUCUGUGUACUUUGAUGUGAACGGAGACCCUCCCACCGGAUAUGACAUAGUGACAUGGAUUUGGAGGGGGACGGAGUGGUCCCACCGAGUGGUGGGCUCCUUCAGCCCAGAUCCCCCUCACCUCACACUUGAUGAUGAGGCCAUUGAGUGGCACACCGCGGGGAUGACGACCAGAUCAGUUCCCACGUCCAUCUGUUCUCCCCCCUGCCCAAAAGGCCACAGGAAAUUGAUGAGAGGACAACACGCCUGCUGCUUCGACUGCCAGGCCUGUCCUGCUGCCACCUUCCUCAACCUAAGCGAACCCAUUCAAUGCCAGCCCUGUCCCAGCGAGCAGUGGGCUCCAGCAAGCAGCGAGAGGUGUUUUGACCGCACUGUUCUUCUUUUGGCUUGGGACGCCCCCCUCGCCAUGGCGCUGCUCUUCUUCCUGGCCUGCUGCCUCCUUCUGACCUCCGGCUCGGCUGCCGUUCUCCUGCUCCACCUCCGCACGCCGGUGGCCAAGUCGGCCGGUGGACGCACCUGCCUGCUGAUGCUGGCCGCCCUAACCGCCGCCGCCUUGAGCUCCCUGUGCCAUUUCGGCCCCCCGUCUCACGUGUCCUGCAUGCUUGAGCAGCCUCUGUUCAUGUUCAGCUUCAGCGUGUGUCUGGCCUGCAUCACCGUGCGCUCCGUGCAGGUGGUCUGCAUUUUUAAACUGGCCUCCAAGCUGCCACGAGCCUACGACAAGUGGGCCAAAAAUCAAGGGCCCGAGGUGACCAUUUUCAUCGUGUCCGCCAUCGCUUUGCUCAUUUCUGUGACGCGUGUAGCCGUUAACCCACCUGAGCCAUCCCAGGAUGUGGACUUCUACCAAGACAGCGUGGUCCUGGAGUGCAGCAGCACCCUGUCGUAUGGGGCAGGCGUAGAGCUAGCAUAUGUGUCGCUCCUCAGCGUGGCCUGCUUCUCCUUCAGCUACAUGGGCAAAGACCUACCAGCCAAUUACAACGAGGCCAAGUGUGUCACCUUCAGCCUCAUGGUCUACCUAGUUUCCUGGAUCAGCUUUUUCACCAUCUACCUCGUCAGCAGAGGCCCCUUCACAAUGGCCGCGCACGUCUUUGCCAUACUCUUCAGCGUUCUGGCUGUCCUGGGUGGCUAUUUCCUGCCCAAAAUGUACAUCAUCGUACUGAGGCCACAAAUGAACACCGCUGUUCAUUUCCAGAACUGCAUUCAGAUGUACACCAUGAGUAAACAGUGAAUGGUAAAUGUCAUUCUCUGAUACUUAAACAGUAUCAGCGAAUGACAGCGAUGCAACAAAGUGCAAGUACUUCAUGACUGGACUUAAGUGCAUUUGUCCAGUAAUUUUUUUUUUCUUCUUCUCAGUAUGAGCACUAAACGAAAAGCACAUUUGGAUUUUUCAGAGCAUCAAGUUUUUUAAAAUGGUGAGGUGAGGGGUGGGGUAAAAUUGAAAAUGCAUUGGAAUGUACCUUGUAUUGUUGUGUUUUGGGCAAUUUGUUUUCUCCAAUGAAACGUGGGGCCCUCCCACACACCGAGCGACGACACAAAACACAUAUUCAUUUAUUCAUUCAUUAUCUGAGCCACUUAUCCUCACAAAGAUAUUGUACUGGGUGGAUCAGCUGGUAAAGCGUUGGCCUCACAGUUCCGAGGUCCUGGGUUCAAUCCCUGCCUCUGUGGAGUUUGCAUUUUCUCCCCGUGCCCGCGUGGGUUUACUCCUUCCUUUUCUUCCUCCCACAUUCCAAAAACAUGCAACAUUAAAUGGACACUCUAAAUUGCCCCUUGGUGUGAUUGUGAGUGUGGCUGUCUGUUUCUAUGUGUCCUGCGAUUGACUGGCAACCAGUUCAGGGCCUCUUGCGCGUUGACAGCUGGGAAAGGCUCCAGCACUCCCCACGACCCUUGUGAGGAUAAGCGGCAAAAAAAAUGGAUAGAAUGGAUAUUGUACUGCCCCCAGGUGGCCAAGGGACGCACAUCACAAUGAGCAGCACAAUGCCCAUCGAACUGAAGGAAAAAAUGCAGCAAGGAUUGUUUAAUUGCGUUUCAUUAUUUCACUGUAGUAAAAUAUGAUGGAAUACAUUUUUUGUGAUGAAUUUGUGAUUAAUGGAAUUUCCAUUAAUUUCAAAGAUGAUUGAGAUGCAAAUGUUUGAGUUAUGGGUGUCAUCACGGAAGUGAUUGAACAAUAUCUCGAGCAAUCAGGGUACUAUAAACAUCUUGAACAUGUUCUAUGGUGUGUCAUUGCAUCCAUAUCAUUUUCCUGUUUGGGAGAGCCAAUCAGAAAAAGGCAUUUUGUAUUUUCAGGGAGUCAACAACAAGUGGUAGCUGCUAAAAAAAAAAAAAAAGCAACAUCUUAUUAAAAAGAUCAUUUAGCACUUUGAAUAGAGGCACAAUUGGCCUGUCUUCUUUCUCUUUCUGUCUCACAUGAAUGCAUGCACACACGCGCACGCGCACACCCGCACAGUGCUGUUAGCCACUGUUUGUGAGAGUAGAUGAAAAGGUCUUUUGUGGCUGGGAGGUCAUCCCCAUUGACGAGUAGAUGUGUGAGGAGAGCCCGAGUGGGGCUUUCCCACAGUCUGCGCCGCACUCUUGGCUUCGUGGGCUCGGUCAACAGGCGAAGUGUGCCACUGAGCAAGAGGCGCCACUUUUUAUUGGAGGCCAUUAAGGUCCAGUCGGAGACACUGGAGCUCAACUUCUCCAGCUUUUUUUUUUUUUUUUGGGGGGUGGGCCAAUUUGAAGAGGGGCUUGAAAUAUUACAGUCAGCAACAUGAGAUCAUGUUUUGAGACUUCAAAUUCAAAUGUUAAAUGAUGCCGUGACCAUCUCCAAAAUGGAUGUGUCACCAAUCCAGUCUGUCAACCGACCUCUCCAUCCAUCCACUAUCCAACCAUCCAUCCAUUUUCAAGAGGCAAAGUACACACUACAUUGGUUGCCAGCCAAUCACUGUGCUUCGUUCAUUUCCCAUCAAUUAACCUGGCAAUACCCGGAGCCCCACCCCUCCUGGGUUCAAGCCGGCUCUUAAUUGAUUCACACUGGAAUCAUCUGCUGGGGAAUGGGAAAACAGAUAAGAGCACUUGGCUGAUAAGAGGAUGACAGCCUAUCAUUCUACCUCUGAUUUAGACCCUUUAUCUCCCCUGGUCAGCCAUGUGUCUAAGCCGCCCCACCUUGGAGUUAUGAUGCGUCUCCCAUUGUUCCUGCGGUCCGAUCCCCUUGUGCAGUCACACAUGCAUGUUUUGCUAAUCAGACCCCAUCCAGAAGAAGCAGAAAAAUCUUGUAGUGCUUCUUGACUCUGGUCCUUCACGCAGUACUUUUGAUGUAUAAAAUUAACACAAUGACAGCUCAUUGUGCUCAAAGACCUUUCUUUAAUUUUUUC